AUGUUAUAUUGGGGGGAGGAUGAAGAUUUGCAAGAAUGCAAAAGAUGCAAGACAUCUAAAUGGAGCGAUGCUAAAAAGAAGAAACCGGCAAAGAUCUUGCGAUACUUUCCACUAAAACUGAGACUUCAACGAUUAUUUAUGUGUUCUAAGACUGCUCAAUCAAUGCGAUGGCAUGCUUCGGCAGAAAAGAAAGAUUCGAAGAUGAGGCAUCCGCGGGAUUCUGAAGCUUGGAAGACAUUCGAUUUACUUAAUGAUAAGUUUGCUGAAGAUCCUCGAAAUGUACGUCUUGGUCUUGCAGCUGAUGGAUUCAACCCCUUUGGAGCUAUGCGUACAAACUAUAGCGUUUGGCCAGUGGUGCUUAUUCCAUACAAUCGACCUCCAUGGGAGUGCAUGAAGCCAACAUCACUAAUCUUGUCAAUGAUUAUUCCUGGAGAGAAAAUGCCAGGGAACAACAUAGACGAAUUCUUGACAAGAAUGCCAAAGCAAAAGAGGUACAAGAAUCUACUUAAAGCAGCAGUCGCAGCUGCAAAUUCUUCACAAGACAAGUCCACAGCAGCUGCAAAUACAUCACAAGUCAAGUCUGCAGCAGCUGCAAAUUCCUCUCGGGACAAGUCGGCAGCUUCAAAUUCCUCCCGGGAUAAAUCAGCAGCUGCAAGUUUCUCUCGGGACAAGUCGGCAGCAGCUGCAAGUUCCUUUCGGGACAAGUCGGCAGCUUCAAGUUCCUCUAAAGACAAGUCGGCAGCAGCUGCAAGUUCCUCCCGGGACAAGUCGGCAGCUUCAAAUUCUUCUGAGCCAUCAUCAGUUGCUGUAACUAUAUCUGAGCAUCCAUCCGAACCUAAACGUAAACGUGGACGUGAAUCUAAACAUUAUUGGACUGUUGAUGCCAUAGAUGAAUACGGAGAUAGUACACGUCUUCAUUUAUUAGUGAAGGAUGUGCAUAAUUUGCCAGAAGGUUUGCGCAUAGUUGUCAAUUUUGAUAAAGAUUAUGCAGCAAUAGGAGAAGCAGCUGGACUCCUUGCAGGAGUUUGUGGGCAAUUGGCCACUGAUUGUGUUGCAUUUCCAAUUAGUUUUGACAAGUGGAUAAAGCUUUGGAAUGAUUUUUAUGAUCCGAGGUUGAGUAAAACCGAGAUCAUAAAUAAUGCACCAGAAGAUAUUGCUCCUGAUCAAUGGGCUUUAUUCGUAGAAUAUCGUUUGAAGCCUGAAACUCAGAAACUUUGUAAGAGGAAUCAAGAAAUUCGGCAAAAACAAAUAAUUCCUCAUACUUCAGGUGCUAAAUCAAUUGCAAGAAGAAGGGCUGAAUUGACAGAAGAGACAGGAAAAGAAGUUAAUAGAGUUCAAAUGUGGGACAUCACUCACAAGAAAAUAGAUGGAAGUUAUGUUAAUGAAAAGGCUAAAGAAAUAGCGGAGAAGAUUGAAGCACAUAGCAGCCAACAACCGAUGGAAUUAACUGUUAAUUCUCCUCUUGAUGCUCUUGGAGUAGUUUUUGGGAGAGAGCACCCUGGCCGUGUUCGAAGUUUAGGUAUGGGAGCUGUUCCAACAAUUGCUUUCAAGAACAACACCACAAGGAUUAGUCAAAUGAAUUUAGGUUCUUCAAAUCAUGUUGGCACAUCAUCUACUUGUGGUCCAAAUGUGCAAGAGGAGUUGGAUACUGUUAAAGCGCAAUUGCAAGCGCUAGUAUCCUAUAUUGCUUCUAAGGAAGGAGGUAAAAUUCCAAUACAAUUGGCUGGAAUGUUCCCUACUCAACAAAUUUCACAGGGAUUGGAUCAGGAGAGUGAGAUUCCAUCACCAAAAGAGUUAGGAAGUAGGUCUUCUGGAGCAAGCAAUAAGGAAGCAUGA